AUGAGGUUUAUCAUCGCUCAGACAGUUUUGGCCGUUACCUUGGCUGCAGUAGCCAGUGGUCUGGCCAUCAAUUCCGAGGCCGCGGAGCCGGCUUGGGUUUGGUCUUCGGCUUCCAAACGCGGGCCUGAAGAAAAUGUAAAGCCCGAAAUUGCGGAGCCGGCCUGGGUUUGGUCUCCUAAGCGUGAUUCCGAGGAGAAUGCAAAGCCCGAGCCAGCCUGGGUCUGUUCUUCUAAGCGUGACGCUGAGGAGAAUGCAAAGCCCGAGCCGGCCUGGGUCUGGUCUUCUAAGCGUGAUGCCGAGGAGAAUGCAAAGCCCGAGCCAGCCUGGGUCUGGUCUUCUAAGCGUGACGCUGAGGAGAAUGCAAAGCCCGAGCCGGCCUGGGUCUGGUCUUCAUCCGCCAAGCGCGAGACUGAAGAGCAAGUAAAGCCCGAGCCGGCUUGGGUUUGGUCUUCUGCUUCCAAGCGUGUAGUUGAAGAGCAUGAGGAGAUUGCAGCAUAA